UGGACAGUUUCCUGCAUAUUUCAUGGCCCCGUUUUCCGAAGGGGUUUCCCUCCCUUCCCCUUUUUAUAAGGGCCGAGAGAAGCGAGCGGUCGGAGUCCCUCCUGCUGGCUUUGCAUGCAAGGCUUCAACUCCGUGUGUAAGGAGUUGGGUGCAAGGGGUGCAAGGACUUGUUCUUAACUAUGCAGCCAUAGAAAUGCUAUUAAACUGUCUUUUAAAUUAUACUGUAUUAAAUUAUGAUUAGCCAGAGAGACCCUUUGGCUCAGUGAUGAAAGCACAAGGCUUUGAAACCAGGAUGUCAGUGCGUUAUUUUAUUUACCAGCUGAGCUUCAUCAUUUCUGGACUAUCAGACUUUCCGUACCUUGCCAAGAAUUGUUAUCAAAAGCUACUACGCAUGUCCAUCCACCCACAUUCCUUCACACACUUUUUUUCCUUUGUUCUCUUGCCACGGGUGCCCGUUGCUGGAAAGCAGCUGGCCCGAACUAUUUCAAAAGAUACAUCAAAAAAAAAUUUCUGGUUCUUCGGGAAUCUUACAAAUCUUGUCUGGGAAGAGAGAGCUGAAUGGCCUUGGAAAAUUUGGCCAGACCUCUUGUGAAUAGAAAGACCAACGGAGACCCGUGGGUGCAUUUUGGAGCUUUUUUAGAGACCAGAGAGAAGAUGGAGGGACAACACCCAGCAGAUACAGAAGUUAGAAAAGGCCCUCCAGCUGCUCAGCCUUGGAGCUGUGGGAAGAAUGGGGCAAGUCCUGGGCAGAAGAGCCACGAAGAGGCAUCCAACACUUCAGGGGUCCAAUGCUGUCACUUCACAAAAGUGCAGUUUCAGGAGGGGAGCCGUCCCCGAGAUGUUUGCACUCAGCUUCACUACCUUUGUCGUCAGUGGCUGCAACCAGAAAAACACACCAAGGCUCAGAUGCUGGACCUGGUGCUCCUGGAACAAUUCCUGGCUGUCCUUCCCCCAGAGAUGGCAAAAUGGGUGCGGGAGUGUGGAGCAGAGACCAGUUCCCAGGCGGUGUCCCUGGCUGAAGGCUUCUUGCUGACUCAGGAGGAGGAAAACAUGCAGGAAGAGUUGCAGAAAUGCACGGAAGCUGUGACUGAAUAUCCCAAGAACAGGAAAAAUUCAUUCAAAUGUUCUCAAGAGCUGCUGUUCAUGGAGACCUUACACAAAGAUCAAACUCAGGACACCACUCCAGAGAGUAGAAAGCUGUCCUUGGAGUUUUUAGAAUCACCUCUUUCUGAUGAAGUUGAAGGAUUAGCUGAACCGCUACUUCAGGAUGUUGUGUCUUUUGAGGAAGUGGCCGUGUAUUUCUCCAAGGAGGAGUGGUCUCAACUGGAUGCUAACCAAAGAGAACUCCACAGAGAAGUCAUGCUGGAGAAUUCCAGGAAUCUGGCUUACCUGGGCUGUAAUAGAGAAGACAAUAAGAAUUGCAAGGAGGAACGCCAAGCGAUCCAUUCAAAAGGGAGGAAAAGGAAAUUUGUAGAUCAGAUGAAACCAAAGAGUGAUGAAACAAAGCAAUCACAAAGUGGAGUUAAGAAAGGCCUUCCUCAGGUCAGUUGGCUUCCUAACCAUACAGUGAUCAAUAAGAGAGAAAGACCAUAUAAAUCCAUGGAGUGUACAAAGAGGUUCAAUAUAUCCGAUAAUCUCUUUUCUCAUGAAAAUACACAUUCAGAAGGGAAACGAUUUACCUGCAUGGAGUGUGGAAAGUCCUUUAAUCGUAGCAGUCAUCUUAAUUCCCACCAGAGGAUCCACAAAGGAGAACGAACAUAUAAAUGUAUGGAGUGUGGAAAGACCUUUACUUGUAACAGUAAUCUUUAUUACCACAAGAAGAUCCACGCAGGAGAGAAGCCUUAUAAAUGCAUGGAUUGUGGAAAGGCCUUUUAUUUAAGCAGUCAUCUUAAUUCCCACAAGAGGAUCCACAAAAGAGAACAAGCGUAUAAAUGCAUGGAGUGUGGAAAGACCUUCUGUUAUUCUGAGUCCCUUAUAAUCCAUCAAAGGAUCCACACAGGAGAAAGACCUUAUAAAUGCAUGGAGUGUGGAAAGGGAUUUACUUUAAGCAAGCACCUUAAAUCCCACAAGAGGAUCCACACAGGAGAAAGACCUUAUAAAUGCAUGGAGUGUGGAAAGACCUUUACUUGUAGCAGCAGUCUUAAUUCCCACAAGAGGAUCCACACAGGAGAGAGACCUUAUAAAUGUAGUGAGUGUGGAAAGACAUUUAAUCGUAGUGGUAACCUUGAUACCCACAAGAGGAUCCACACAGGAGAAAGACCUUAUAAAUGCAUGGAGUGUGGAAAGAGCUUUACUUGUAGUGGUCAUCUUCAUCGCCACAAGAGGAGCCACACAAGAUAUAAGUCAAAUAAAGGUUUGCAGUGUGGAGAGGGCUUUUUGUAAGCUUCUUUUUUCUCCAAGUAGUUCUCGUCAUAUGACUGCAAUUGAGGCCAAAAUUUCUGUUGCUAAGCGAGACAGUUAUUGCGUUUUGUGCCAUUUGACGACUUUUCUUGCCACAUUUGUUAAGUGACUCACAAUAGUUGUUAAGUUAGUAAUACUGUUAUGAAAUGAAUCUGGCUUCCCCAUUGGAUUUGCUUGUUAGAAGCUCACAAAAGGUGAUCACAUGAUCCAGGGACUCUGCAACUGUCAUAAAUCUGUUGCCAAGCAUCUGACGUUUGAUCAGGUGACCUUGGGGAUGUUGCAAAAGUGUGAAAAAUGGUCAUAAGUCACUUUUUUCCAUGCUGCUGUAACUUUGAACAAUCACUAAAUGAACUGUAGUAAAUCGACGACUACCUAUAGUUGUCUAAAAUCUCAUACAAGUACCAUUUGAGUAAUUUAAUUUUUAAGUCCUUUUAUAGUCAUUUUUUGAGUGUAUUGUGAGCCGCCCUGGGUCUUCGGAGAGAGGCGGCAUAUAAAUUGAGUAAAUGAAAUAAAAAUAAAUAAAUAAUUCAAAUAAAUUGUUUACCUUCUUA